GAAAUGCCCUUCUAUGGAUUUGGCUAUAUUAUAAUGAAGGCUGAAUCAUCCAUGACCAUGAAUUCUCAUAAUCAAAAACUGCCACUUUCAUAUUUUACCCACACAAACCAAACAAGGCCUAGUAGGAUAUCUAUUUGUUUGGUACUAUCCACUAAGCAUCAUCCACCCAUUAUUAUUAUUAUCAUUUGAUUAAAUUAAAAUUAAAAAUUCAACAACACCAACACUGUCCUUUCCAAUCCCAACCCAUCGCUGUUGUCAUCGAUUGUGAAAAAAGCUACAAACUUUCGAAUUUCCCAGCUGAAAUUCUCUUGUUUCGCUAUCUGGGUCAUCGUCAAGCUAUGCGUGGAGCUGAAUCUGAAGGUGGUGGUGGUGGUGGUGGCUGUGCCGUCAGAGGCGGUAACAUCUAUUGGGGAAGAAAACAUGCCACUGAUUUCAGAGGAAUCGUUGUAAUCUUUGCUUGGGUUUCUGUUCCGCAGACACUGUUACAAGAUUUCGUUAAUUUGUACUCCUCUUUGGGUUGGAAUUCUCUUGUCUGUUAUGCUCAUUAUCUCUCUGCAUUCCGUGAUGAAAGUACUGUGCCACUGGCAUUUUGUGUUGUUGAUGAACUUAUUGAGGAGCUAAAGACUAAGUCAUGCCCUGUUGUAUUUGCUGCUUUCUCUGCUGGGUCAAAAGCCUGUCUGUACAAAGUACUUCAGCUUAUUGAUGGAAGAUGUGAAACUCCACACUGCUUGCAUAACUAUCAUUUGCUCAGGAACUGUGUUUCUGGACACAUAUAUGAUUCUGGUCCACUAGAUGUUACAAGUGAUUUUGGCUUCCGCUUUGCUUUACACCCUUCAAUGGCUAAAGUGCCGGGAUCAUCCAAACUUGUUUCCUUGGUAGCAAAGUCAGUUGCUUCUGGUUUAGAUGCUUUAUACCUAACUAGCUUUGAAUCCCAAGCUGCGGAACAUUGGCAGGCUUUGUAUUCUUCUGUAAAUUUUGGUGCUCCAUUUCUCAUUUUAUGUUCUGAGAAUGAUGACCUUGUGCGACACCAAAGUGUCUACGAUUUUGCCCAACGAUUACGCAAUCUCAGCGCUGAUGUUAACCUUGUAAAUUGGAGUAACUCGCCUCACGUCGGUCACUACAAGCAUCAUCCAAUUCAAUAUAGAGCUGCGGUGAGCCAAUUCUUGGAGAAGUCUGCUUCAAUAUAUUCACAGAAAGUGAAACUCGAACAAGAAAGGAUCGGAACGGAUGGUAUGCAUGAUGAGAUAUCUGAGUUAAUCUGUGACCUACAGAAGGUGGCAAUUAAUUCGAAUCAGAGCCUUAGAAGGGUUGCAGUAGGGCCAACUGACCACUUCUUUUUGCCUAGUUCAGCAGGACAGUACAAGGAUAGAGAAUCCGGGACUCCUCAAGAGGAACAAAAAGAAAAACCCGUUUGUGUCCCCAGCUUCCCGAGCAUCAGUGCUAACAGUGUCCUUGGCCAAUUUCUAUUUGAUGUUUGUGUUCCGAAAAAUGUUGAUGGUUGGGAUGUGAAAUUUUCUGGGAAUCGGUUGUGUGCUUCAGCUUCAAGGCAUUCACCUUUAAGAGGUAUUAAACGCAUUGGUCGCUCCAGAUUGUAAGUUCUCAUCUGACCUAAGGAGAUACUUCAUGGUAAAUAGGUCUGAAACAUCUGCAAUUUUCCAAGAUAUGAUGGAUUUUGAUGCAACAAUGGGUCUGGCAGUGGAAGUAUGGUGGUUGCAAUGGUUCCACUAAUAGUUUCUCGGCACAAUACCAUAUGGAUAAAGAUUACUUGAGUUUCAUCUCCUCAGAAAUAAACUGGUGUCACACAGAAAGGAGACUACUUUACUACCCUUAGAAAUAAUCUGGUUGGUCCUUGGUUAAGGGUAACUUUACUAGUAACUGCGUGAAUGGGAUAAACUGUACUGAGGUAUUUGUAGUUAGAGCAGGAAAAAUUAAAAUAGCUGUAUAUAUAAUAUAUAUUUUUAGGGAAUAAAAUGUAUCAUGUUUGAGGCUUAAAAAUGUAAGUAGACAAAUGAAAUAAAGGAGAAAGAGAAAUCAUCUCCCUUAGAAAUAUUCUGACAAUUUUUUUUUGUAUUGGGGGGAGGGGGUCAAAGACCGAAAUCUGAGUUUAAAGAACUCAAGAUCCUCUUAUUCAAGACCUUGCUAACUUCUUACAUGAACAGCACUUGUAGUAUAAGAUCUUUACAUCA